AAUUAUACAAAUUGCUAUCUUUUUAAGAUGAGAUUUUUGUUACUCUCUCUAUUCUUGAUAUUUUUUGUAAGAAUAAAUAAUUAUGUGAAUGCUACUAAUUAUUCAAUAGAUGCAAUUAGCAAUACUGGGUGCAAUAUUUUUAUUGGAAAAUGGGUUUUUGAUUCUUCAUAUCCUAUGUAUGAUUUUUCAAAAUGUCCAUUUAUUGAUAAUGAAUUCAAUUGCCAGAAGUACAAGAGGCCUGAUAAUUUGUACCUUAAAUAUAGAUGGCAACCUUCCUCCUGCAACCUCCCAAGGUUCAAUGGUUUGGUUUUCUUGGAAAAAUACAAGGGGAAGAAUAUAAUGUUUGUGGGUGACUCAUUAAGUUUGAAUAUGUGGGAGUCAUUGAGUUGCAUGAUUCACUCUUCAUUGCCAAAUGCUAAAACUUCACUCACAAAGAAAAAUGGAAUUGCUGAAAUUGCAUUCUUGGACUAUGGAGUUAGAUUGUCAAUGUAUCGUACUCCAUACUUGGUGGACAUGGUCAAAGAAAAUAUUGGCACUGUUUUGAAGUUGGAUUCCAUUAGUGAUGGCAAAGCUUGGAUGGGAAUGGAUGUAUUGAUUUUCAAUUCAUGGCAUUGGUGGACUCACACUGGCAGCUCUCAACCGUGGGAUUACAUGCAAGAUGGGGGGAAAAUUGUCAAAGAUAUGGACCGUUUGGUUGCUUUCUCCAAAGGAAUGACCACUUGGGCUAGAUGGGUCGAUAAAAAUAUCGACCCAUCUAAAACUAAAGUCUUCUUCCAAGGAAUUUCCCCCACUCACUAUCAGGGCAAGGAUUGGAAUGAACCAUCAAAAUCAUGCAAAGGACAAACACAACCAUUUUUUGGCACAAAUUAUCCAGCAGGGACACCACAAGAAGCAAAUGUGGUCAACAAAGUAAUCAAAAACAUUAAAAACAAAGUUUAUUUAUUGGAUAUUACAGCUCUUUCACAAUAUAGAAAAGAUGGACAUCCAGGAUAUUAUAGUGAUAUGCAUGGAUCAGAUUGUAGCCAUUGGUGUCUACCUGGUUUGCCUGAUACUUGGAACCUCCUUCUUUAUACAAUUCUUAUUGGUUGAAAUCGCGGCGACAAGACAGCCCUUUAGUCGCCACAAAAAUUAGGGGUUUUCGUGGCCUCUCUAAAAGUGUUGCCACGAAAAGU